AUGCGCAAGAAGCAAGAAUUACUGAACAGCUCCUAUUUUGUUGGAGAAGAAAAUGGGCACCAGCAGCGCAUAUACUUUACGUUUUUUUCCGAGUUCAGCCGAACCGAUCAGGUGACGCCCGCAGUGGAGGCCACAAUGAUUGGCAUUUUGUGGCUGAUAGCUUUUCUGGGCAACACGACCAUUAUUGCCAAAAUUAUCCGAAAGUGUCGUUUUACCAGAUCUACGAAUUGCUUCAUCUUGAACUUAGCGUUGUCUGACAACCUGUUUGUUCUGACAGCGCCGCUGAUCGCCGCCACACGGAUCACCGAGUCCUGGCUUCUCGGCAAGUUUCUGUGUCACAUUGUGAUGUACCUCCAGUGUGCGUGCGCAGUCGUCUCUAUUUGGACCAUGACCAUUAUCAGCGUGGAGAGGUAUUUCCGCAUUGUGAGGCAUCAUCCUCGAUUUUCUGGCCCACGGGCGAUCAAAAUUUUCUUUGUGACUACCUGGCUUAUGUCUUGUAUCUCGUUUUUGCCCUUAGCAGUCUAUUUUGACACGCGCCAUUUCAAGAUCAGAGGUUCAGACGUGUACAUCUGUACGCUAGUCUGGCCACUCGGACCUGUGGAUUUACCUCUUCUGUUUUCCUCGGUUCUGUUUGCUGUGGGAUUUGUUAUCCCCUUAUUUCUCAUAGUGGUUAAUUACCUUCGGAUUUUCAGGAAAUUUUGGCGAUCGAGAAAUGUCGUGAGAUCCAGCGAGAUUCUCGGGGUGAGUAGACUGACGGUAGUGACGAAUCACAACAUAGCAAGCAUGCGCAGGAGGGACGAACGUGACUUCCGUGUUGUGAGGAUGAUGUUGCUGCUGGUAGGACUGUUCUUGGCGAUGUGGACGCCAGUAUUUGUUUGUCUGCUCGGCAUCGAGCAUGAUGGAACUUCCCACACAAUGACAAUGCACUCGCAAUAUUUGUUUGCUGCUACUUGCCUUGCUUAUGCCAACGCGGGGAUUAAUCCUUUGAUUUACGGAUUAAUCAACAGAACAUUGGUGGCUAAUUGGUGCAAAUGUUGUAAAUGUUUGUCCAAACGAAGACAGAAUGAUAACAACAGUGUAUUUACAGUACAACCGAUGGAAGAGCGUGGGAAUCCUGUUCAAACUGCUUGA